GCAAGCCGGACGAACACUUGGGAAUAAGAAUUCGCAUUCGUUUUCUGAACGGAAAAGUGAUAAUGAAGCUUAUUUUUAAUGCCCUCGCAGUGACUUUGUUUUUACCCUACCAUGUUACGUUUGAUAAAGUAUUAGUGUCUUUGAAGAUGGGAGAUUCCGUCACUCUACACACUGGAGUUGAAACAAAUCAACAAGAUGUUAUUAAAUGGUAUUUCAAUAACACUCGCAUCGCUCAAAUCAGUGGAGAUCUCAGUAAGAUCUGUACAGAUGAACCGUGUCCUGGGAGAUUCAGAAACAGACUGAAGCUGGAUCAUCAGACUGGAUCUCUGACCAUCAUGAACAUCACAAACACUGACUCCGGGGAAUAUGAAUUGAAAAUCAUAAGCAACAAUGACAGUAAAAAGAUCUUCAGUGUUUCUGUCACUGAUGUUCCUGCUGCUGAACUAUAUGAAAUGAAGGAGAGAGAAUCUGUCACUUUAGACUCUGGUGUAAUAAAACACCCAAAUGAUGUGUUGACGUGGUAUUUUAAUGAGAUUCUCAUCACUGAAAUCAGUGGAGAUCAGAGUAAGAUCUGUUCAGAUGUUCAGUGUAAACAGAGAUUCAGAGACAGACUGAAGCUGGAUCAUCAGACUGGAUCUCUGACCAUCAUGAACACCAGAACCACAGACUCUGGAGAAUAUGAGCUAAAGAUCAUCAGCAGCAGAUUCAGCAUCACCACAGUGAAGAGAUUCAGUGUUUCUGUCACUGCUGUUCCAGAUUCAGGUCUGUCUUCAGCUGCUGUAGCAGGAAUAGUUAUUGUUGUUCUGCUGGUGGCUGCUGCUGCUGCUGCUGGUGUGGUUUACCGUCGCCGCAGGAGACAUACAGCUGUACCACAUGAAUGAGGAUGAUGAUGAUAACUCGCCACCUGAUCCUAAAAGCAUUAAUUUGAGGUAGAUGGGAUGUCCUUAAACUCUAUUUACUCGCAAAGAUCUGAAGAUUUCAGUAGUCGGUACCAAUAAUGUAAGCAAUAUGGUACCAGCAUUAAAACAGAGUUUUGUUUUGGUCUGUAGAGGUUUAUCAGACCUUCUAAAGUGAUUUAGUUUCGAAACACAACAGAGAAACAUGUGCAUUCCACAGAUACAACCCCCCCCCCCUCCUAAAAAAAAUAGUUUUGUUUCCCAUUACUGAAAAAUUAAAUAUUGUCUUUAUUUUCUGGGGAAAAAACACAUUCUAAUUCAAAUUCUAAUACUACUAAUAAUACUAAUAAAUUAAUGUGUGCUUAAAAAAAUUAAAUGAAAUCUACAAGUGGCAUCAGAAAUUUUUUUUAAAAAGAAAACAACUUUAUAUGUUAUAUGAUGCAAACUUGACUAAUGUGACCUGAAAGAGCUAACACUAUGCUUGAUUAUCUUUUUAAUAUUUAUUAAUUUACCACUAGCAUUAACCCUUGGUCAUCCACCAUCAACAGAAAACACUGGUUGACCAACUUUUAUUAACAUAGUGCUUUAUAUAUAUAUAUAUAUAUACACACACAGUGUACUCCAUAAAUAUUGGAACAGUCUCUGCUGUGGAGUCAAGACAUUUGCAAAUAUGAUUAAAAGAUGAAUAUGUGACAAAACUACAGAAUGUCAGAUUUUGUUAUUAGGUCUUUCGACAUAUACAUGUCUUACCAAAUAAAAAGGACAGCACUUUUAGAAUUCAUCCAAUUAUUUGAUGUGAACAUAUGUAUUGGAACAGCUUAAUUUAAGGCAGAUGUAAAAGAUUAAAAGCUAAUAUUUAGUUGCAGAUCCCUUGCCAGCAAUCAGAGCAGUGAGUCUGCAACCCAUAGGCAUCAGCAGACUCUUGCUCUUAUGCUUUAAAAGGCUUUUCUCCAGCCUUUAACAUAGCCAACUCCUUUUGUUGCUUGUUUUGGGGAGUUUCUUUCAUUCGUCUCCCCUUGAGAGCGUUUAAAAGCGUUAUUGAAGCACAAAUUGAGCAGAGCGUGCCGUCGCUCCUAGAUAAUCGAAAAUGAGCAAAAAGGCAGGAGCUGUUUGCUGAAGCCACGCCCACCUAGCUUGACGGCUGUGUCAGCAGCGGCAAUCCAACUGUCACGCAGGUGACCACGCCCUAAAUUAUGCAGAACUUUAAAGCUUAAUAUAGUUUAAACUGAAGAGUUAUAAAAAAUAAAAAAAUUCAGCCCCUCACAGUUGUCAUGAAGGGCAAAAUGAGGUAUAUAGAUCAAAAUAAUUUUUUUUUAUCCUGUAAAUGUUUUUUUUUUAUGCUCUAAAGUUGGGCAUUUUAACAUGGGGAGUCUAUUGGAUUGACUCCCUUUCGCUGCCAGCCUCUAGCGGCAUUUGAGAAGAUGGCACCAUGUUGUGAAAAGUUUUGAAGCCCUGCUAACAGAAAUAAACCGUAUUAACAAAGGCAUCAUUUUAUAAAUAAACGGUCCUGGGGUUUAAAAAAAAAAAAAAAAAAAAAAAAAUGCAUGAUCUUUGCUCUAAUUGUAACUAAUUUGUGUACUUUACAAUAGAUUAUUAGGAAAUUAUAGGAAAUUAGGGUGAAAUAGUAAAAUGUAUGCAGUUGCGGAUAACACAGUCAGAAUGGUAGAAAAAAAAAAGUAAAUAAAUAAAACCCCAGAAGACCUUAAGGGAUGCCCAAAGGUAUAAGCUUGACUUUUUUUUUUUUCUUGUGAGUGAUUUUAUUAUGCUUGUAAAUGGAUGCACAUGAUAUAAGUCAUGUUAAAUACUAGGGCUGUCAAGAUAUUAGAUUUUUCAUAUCACGGUUAUUGUGGCCAUACGAAUUUAAAAUAUUGAUAUAUUGUGAUAUUUAUAGAAACCUUGGUGGGGGGGGGUAUGAGUCAAAUUAUUUUUUACUUUGUUUAUUAUUGAGUUUUUCUGAUACUGAUAAAUGCAAGACACAAGUCUCUGGCUUUCUCCAUCUUCUUUGGAGCUCCCAUGAAAUAACGAGAGAAAAUACUGUCAAGGUCAACAGAAUGAUGAAUAAAUAUUAAUGGUAACACUUAAAAUUUGAUUUUGUUAACAUUAUUGUAUUAACUAACAUGAAUGAACAAUACAUUUAUUACACAAUUUAUUAAUCUUUGUACAUAUGAAUAAAAACGGAGUCAUUCAUUGCUCAUGUUAGUUCAUAGUACAUUAAUGUUUACAAACACAACUUGUGAUUUUAAUAAUGCAUGAGUGAAUGCUGAAAUUAACAUGAUCUAAGAUUAAUAAAUGCUUUGGAAAUAUUGUUCAUUAUUGUUUGUUAUGUAUAUAUGUUAACUAAUGUUAUUAACUAAUGUUUACUAAUGAACUUUAUUAAAGAAUGACCGCAGAUGAGGCAUUAAGUGUAUGCCAGUGCGACCAACUUCACAUUUUACAGAGUUUAAUGCUACAAUGUGGUUUAUUAGUUUUUCCAAGAUCUGUUUUUAUCGAGUAACUAUUUAUAGAUUUGAACAAAGAAAAAAAGAUUUCUACACACAAGCUGUAUUUAUGGCAAAUACAAUAUAUAUAUAUAUAUAUAUAUCUCGUCACACACUAAAUUAGCACUAUAUCGAUAAUUGUUGCUUUGAAUAUUCAUAGCUAUUGUCAAUAUUGGAAUAUCGCGACACCCCUAUUAAAUACUCUGGCUUUAAAACUUGCAAAAAUACUAAUGUGUUGUUUGUCUGGAAUGAUGUUACCACACAAUUUAUGUGUGUUACUAUAAUAUCUAUAAAAAUGCACUGUUUUUAAGUCUUCAAACAUUUAGUAAUAUUUCUUUAUAUUCAUCAAACAAAACAUCUGUGAUAUUUCUGUGGUGCUGAAUAGUAUUUUAUUUGUUUGUGUGCUUGUUUUUUUGUGCAUGUGAAAUGAAUGGCACUGCAAUUCUUUAUCUUUUCAGUUUUAUUGUGUUCAACUGUGAUUGUCAAGUUUUUUUAUUUUGUUUUUAUAUUUUGCGGAUGUAUUUGUAUUGUAGAAUAUUAUCAUAGUUUGAUGAAGAUGAUUGCCUUUAAUUAUCAGAUCAGCCAUGCUUGUUCAGCUUUAGACUAACAGAUGUAUUCUUUCUUUCUUUUGGUAGCAUUCUUGUUUUUUUAUUUGUUUUUCAUGUGGUGCUUAUUUUCUUUCAUUUUCUAUUCAAUUGACAUGAGUCAAGGGGAAAAGUGCCUUGAAGCAAACCCACAAGACAAUCUUUUCUGAAACACAAAACAUCAUGUAUGUAUUUUUCUGUUUAGGUAUGUUUAUGGGAAAACAUUAAAAACAUGAUCAUCUCUGUGGAAUAUAUUUUUUUUAAAUUCAUUAUAAAUAACAUUUCCUUUUGAAUACUAAAUGACUAACACUUAUGCCAAAGUUUCUGCACGUUGAAUAAGAGGAAUGAAAACAAGACAGUUGUCCCAAAACAUAUAAAUAUAUAGAUCACAUGAUUUGAGUAACAAGCUGAUGUAAUCAAGAAACCCAGAUUUGUAGUUUUGGUUUGCCUUAAUAAUAAAACCUUCAUUUAAAAACUG